AUGCCUAUUAGAUACGCAGUCCCGUUUUCCUCUCCUCAGGGUCGCCGAAAGAUCAUACGGAAGCUAUUAGUCAAACUCAAACAUAUCCAGGCAGAUGACUUUCCUAUCCCUAACCCGACGAUUUUCGAGAUAAAAUUCUACCUCAAAGCCAAUCGUCGUUGCUGCACAGUCUUUGUCCAGAACACCGAUGCACUCUUCUACAAACUUCCACUUAUCUCAUUAGAACUUGUUCCUCGUUUCAUCACUUCUCAACUUGAGGCCCAGAAAAUUGCUGACAAACAUAGACAAUCUGUCCAGCUUUCCACCGUUCUUGCCGUUCUUUCGGAAUACAUUGUUGCUGAUCCCAUUCGGACCAAUUCGGUACCAACUCUCUUUUUCUGGUACGACACCAAUAAACGACGCACCUUCUACCUCUUCGCAUACUUGACCCAUCAGAUGGAGCCACGCACUUAUAGUGCAGCCGAGCUCCUAGGCCUUCGGCGUUCUCAGACGUCUGAGACUUGCCAUAGUGUACUAGCUAGACUUAAGGCGGAUCCUGAAUUUGACGAGGUAGUCUCCAAGGGGAAUAUCAACCCGACCCAGAUCCGAGCCCCCAGAAAGCCAAAUGGAAUCUCGUCCUCAUCAAAUGAGAGUGACGAGGUGAUCUAUCGCGGAAAGAAUCACCCUCGUCACCCCAGCCAGCCCAUCCCGCCCGGCGCAAACCUACAGUGGAAAUACCGGGGGCGCACCGGUUCUGAGAUAACCUCGAGCGACCCUCUUCCGGCACCAACGGGCCUUGACAAACAGAGCAGCGAAGGCUUUCAAAGAUUUUUCAAGGCAGUUGUAUCUCCAACUCAUGUUCGCGUUACUGCAGGUGGCAGAAUUGUGCCCAACACACGGAACUCCGUUUCUCCCACUACGAAAUGGGAUAAGGAACGGCUACCUAACGACGUGCAAAAUGCAGCCGAGCGUGGCAAGGAACUCAAGUUGGAACCGGUUUUUGCCCCAUUGAGCAACCAGCUACCUCCUCCAAUGAUCCAACCCAUGUACCAACCUCAGCCGAUGGUCUAUCAGCACAUGGGCAUGCCGAUACCUGUCUACCAUCCUUUACAAGGUCCAGUGCAACAUGGCUUCGCCUAUCCUUAUGGUUUUGCUCCUCUAGCCGCUCCCAUUCCCCAAGCACCUUAUCUACCAAUGCCUGAGCGUGAACAGCGAGUCGAGGUCACAGGGACCAUGAGCAAGCAGAAUGGCGGUGGUGGUAGUGGUGAGAAUAACAAUAGACCUCAUCGGGCGCCUAUCAAACUAUCGCCGCCAGAUCAAUUUGAUCAGAACCGGCCAUUCUAUAUCAAUGGCCAGUUGGUCUUUCCAGCUGGUGGAAUGGGACCAGUUCAAGUGCCUCAGAUAGCACCGAGCCAUUACUUUGCUUCCGGUAUCUUGCCAGCCUCUGGACCUUCUAUGCAGCGUAUGGCAGCUGAGAGCAAUCCUAACUCUGGUAUUUCUUUGGCUGCUGAAGCGAAUGCCCCUUCCCCACAGCUAUGUUCAAGUGCCCCUGACAGAGAAACCCCCUCUCAGCAAUCAACGACAGCAACUGGCCCUCUCCCUGGAACUAUACCACCACUCUCGUCCAUCCGGCCUAGCGAGAUCACAAGAAAACAGCUUGAAGGACUUCGACACCAGCUGAAGUUCUACAUAAGCCAGCUCCAAUUCAACAGGCAUCAAAUCGACGAGCCUUGGGUGUUUGCGCAAGCCCAGAAGGUCAGAGAUAACAUCAAGCAAUUCGAACAUAAUUUGCGGAUGCAUAUACAGUUUGAAAUGGAGCAUUAUCCGAACAUGGAGCCAACUCCUAGACACAUAUCUGAGAUGGCAAUGCCUUCUAACACCCCAUCUCGACCACCAAGCAUUAGACAUACCCAGGCGAGUGGCUCUUCCCAUCAUGGUUCCGUUAGAUCGAGUGGUGCAACAUCUGGUCCCAAGCACUUCCAACCUCAGCAAAUUGGUAUAGGUGGUCGAGGAUGUCCUAAACCAAAUCGAGCUGCUGUCGGUAUUAACUCAAACAGAACUGAUAAUUCAACCGCUCAUAUUGACGCACUUGAAGCGGCGGUAAUUCAAAAGCUUUCUGCUCCUGAUGCUACUCCAGAGCAAAAGGCAAUGUUGGAGGCCAUCACCCGGCCGCUGAAUCCGCACCAUGAUCCUAAACCUUUUGUGAAUCAGCAGUACUCUAGUGACAAUAGCUCGUUGAAGAGCUUUUCUAUUCAACCAGCGUCUUUUGCGGAGAAGAAAGUGCCACAAGGGCUAGCACCAUCGACUGAGACUUAUUUGCAAAAUCAGCGAGGACAGCCCGCAGGUGCCUACCAUGCUAAUGGGAAUAUACCUUACAUGACACCAGUGAAUGGAAAUGGACUAACGGCCCCCUACCUCGUCGGAAGUUGCCCUCCAGACACAGACCCUUGGAGCUACCUGGGACAUGAAUUUGUAUAUGGGCGAGAACUGACUGAAGCUGAGAAGCAAGCCCGAAAUAUUUACUGGGGUAAGCUGCCAAGCAAAGGCAGUGGAUUGCCCAAGUUUGAUGGCAAGGAUUUCUAUCCUGCCUCCCCCCAGAAGAUUGCAGAGCAUACGGGCCAAGCUCGGAAUGUAUCUUCGAGGCGACCUGAAAUUGACCCCGGGUUCGAAUUGAGACGCUCUGAAGUUGAUCCAUUCGGCUCCACUCGCGAUGCCAAUAGCAUUCGCUCUUUCGAGAGCGGUCGCAAGCUUAGCAAAGCAAUUCCUAUUGUGGCGCCUCCUAACGUAGAUAAAAAGACUACGUCCCACUUGUCAACGACGAAUACUGCCAAGAGUAACGAAGGCAUCGAAGAACUAAGCAAGCUCAACCAGUCCUUACAGGAACUCAAUCUGUCUUCUACUGAUGAGACACAUAUGAAGUACCCAGAGAAGAAGAAGUCUCCCUCGCUCAGCCGGAGAGCGUUGGAACGAUCCAGCGUGAAAUCUGGACAUGACCUCUGGCAGACAAUGCUGAAAAAAGGAUCAGCAAGUGGGAACGUACUUCCUGGUACUAUCUCAUCGACGACGGCUACAGGCUACUUGCCUCAGUACGCUGGCAACGCAAUCGCCUCUCUUGGACCCACGAUUUCCAACGUCUCCCCAGCCCGCGUUUCACCGAAUGCCGAUGACAAGCUCGUCGAGCUCGAAGGACCUCGCGUAGCUAUGGACAAGGUUGGAGAGAACUGUCCUCCAAGCUCUGCCCCUUCCAUCGAGCACGACAUCACAAAGGACCUCCACCAGCGUAUGCUCCGUGAUGCUGAACGCCGCGGGGUUAUUGGCUCUGACUGGCAGUAGCUUCCCAACUUUUCAGUCAUGAUGUUGAGCUACGUCUGAAGCAGGGUUAUUCUUGACUUACCUAGCUCCUUGCUGGAGACUUGGGUGGGCCACUAUAUCAUUCUCAAUCACUACAUGUUUUGCAGGCCUUUAGAUGCAUUAGUAUCAUGAAUCAGCCCAGGGUAUUUCAUUGCAUCCACGGACAGGUUUGUUUCUAUUACGGAAAUUUGAUAUCGCUUGUUACGGAACAGUUUCAGACCCAGAGAGUUAGAUUGUCAUCUUUUAAAGGAAUUGGACGCUUGGUAGCAUAAGCUGAUUAACUUCUUUGUUUUGAUAUGGCCAAAGAGGCAGGAUCGGAUAUUCAUAAUAGCAGUCCCAAUCAGGCGGUUGAGGCUGGUUGAGGUGUGCAAGAUGCGAAGAUUUGACCUAGCAAGAUUAAACCUCAAGGUAUCGCCGUGCGUUGAACUGGGUCGGGACUAGGUACAACUGGUAGACGAGUUAAUGGCUUUUUAUUGUUCUCAACAAUCUUUUGAUCUGACUGUCUGUGAUCUCUGAAUCGUCCUAAACUACCUACGCAAGAACCCCAAAUAUGGUUGAUUGAAGGAUAUCGUCCGACCCAUAUAAAGUUGAUUAUCUAGGAAAAUGAAUUACUACGA